GAGGAAAUGUGGGGGGGGGGAGCCAGGACACCGUCUACUCCUCCACAAAGAAAAGGGCCUGAGUUGAAGAUGGAGGGAGGGUCAACAGAUAAAACGGAAAUAGUGGGGGGUUGGGGGAAAGCAUAGGAACCAACUCCUAGGGGCGGAGGUCCCUUUGCCCCCCUAUAAAAUAUUUGAGAGGGCCAGCCUCCCCCCUCCCCCAGUUAAUGGACAUUGCCAUCCAAAUAGGGUGCGUGUGCUACGUCAUGUGAUUGAUUAUGCGCGGCUGGGCUCCCCCCCCCCCAUAUAUCCACGUUGGCACCCCUGGGAGAGUGAAGAAGACACCAAGGUGGGGAGGAAAGCCCAGCCGGACUGAGCUGCCCAGAUUUAGGGAUGAUCCGACUUGCCACCUUUUGGUUUUUCUGUGCACUCUGGUCUUUUGCGCCUCCUGUCAUCGUCGGGUAGAGUCAGGAUGGCAAAAGUGAGGAGGCAGGCGGACUAGCGGGAACAAAGGGCGGUGGGGAAGGAGACCAGGAGAAGAAGAUGGGGAAGAAAAAGAGGCUGGUGAAAAGAGAGAGACGGGCAAAAAGAGACAGGAUGAGAGAUUGUAGUCCUUUGUGGAUAGGGGGAACUGAAGAAGAGGGGGAGAAAAAUGGUAGAAGUGGAUCAGACACAGCAGGAGUUAGUUAGAGAUGUGGAGGUAAGGAAGAGAGAAACUUGUUUCUUUACUUAAUAGGUACCAUCUAGUCUAGUGAACUCUUAAUGACAGUGUUGUUUCAGCGCUAGGGAAGGUCUUAAAGAUCCUAGCAACAACCUGAGCAUGGGAACAUCUUGUACCCACAUAACCUUUCCGGCCACAGAUCGCUGCCAGUUUAGAUGAAAACAAGUCACGGGAGUCCGUUGAUGACUCGGAAGCUUAGAGGUAGGGAUGUCAACAAGGGAGUUGCUGGAGUUAACACCUCUCACCAGCAGGAAACUAGUGCUAGUCCUCAUGAGGGAGGUUGAGGAUAAAAGCCAGAUAAUUGAACUGGUUGGAGCAUUGUGGCAAAUCUGGCCAGUGCAACUUCUUGUUUGCAGAAACAGAGCUAAUGGGGAUUACUCACACUAAUGAGUGUUUGAGUGUUUUAUCAUUUAUGUCUUCCUUUUAAAAAGCAAAGUCCACUUAGUAUAUGAAUGGCAGUAACAGCCAUGCUUAAAAUUACUAAACUUUCAGCCCAGUAGCAAGAUUGCAGUAUACAUGGGGGAGGGGGUACAAGACAAUUUUUAAGACUCUUGGCAAUCCGUUUCUGAAGUUAGGAGGACAAGCCAUGUUUCCUACAGUAUGGUACACAGGCAGUCUUUAGAGAAGAUAGGAGUUUUUUGUUGCUAGGAUACACACAGCUCAGGAAAUUCCUAGGCUCUCAGCUUCGUGGUGUACAUUCUAUGUUUAUAGCAGCAUUCUAUAAUGUCUCAUAAUCUCAUAAGAUUGUACUCAUGUUGAAAAUCUUAUACUCAUGUUGAUGGAAUUUUGAUGUACCUGUGUGGAAUGUAAUUAUCCUGGGCUGGAUGAAGGGACUUGAGUUCCUUAUACAGAAGAAUACUUUACCUCUCCAUCUUUAAUCAUAAUGUAUAGGUUCUCCUUUUGCCAACACUUACUAAACGGGGUGGGGGCAUGCAGACACACAUGAGAUUUCUCAUUCCCGUUUCUUCCUCCUGAAAUCUCCUGCAUACUAUUCUUAUCCAAUUAACUUGCCAAGUACUUGAUUUCAAUUUCCCCACUGCUUGGAUCACAGCCACAAUGAGGGAGAGGCCACCAUUGUCCAAGUUACUGGGCUUUUAUUUUUAAAGAGUACAAACAGCAAGAUAAUAUUGAGGCUUAGUUGAUGUGUUACCUGUGAUAAUUUGGAAGAUUGGUCUAGAAUGAUCACUGUUUUUCAACCUUUGGUCACCAGAUGUUGUUGGACUACAACUUCCAUCAUUCCCAGCUUAGCCAGUUGCCAAGAAUGAUGGGCAUUGUGGUUCUGGGGACACAUUGAAGACACCUGGGGACACAUUGAAGAACAAUGUCCUAUCAUUGGUGUGACUCAGCAUAAGACAGUUCCUUAUUUAUCCCUUAUUUGUUACCCAUAUGAAACUUUCCUGGGCAAGAUCAAUCUCACAUUUUCAUUGCACCCAGAUCCUGCAAUCUCAUGGUGCCUAGGAGAGAAUUACUGUAAAUCAAGUUCUCAUAAAUAACUCUCAAAACGUUUGAAUCAUGAUUGUACAGUUUUAUGAGCAUUUCUUCCUCCUUUGAGACACUUCAGCCAAACAAUCAGGAGGCGAAACAAGAGGCUGGACAAAAUUAUUCUAAAACGUUAAGCAAAUAUGUUACUAGCCAAAGCGGAUUUGGAGUUCCUGAACCUCAGGUGCACCAAACUUGACCUGCCUGCCUACAUUUCUCCUUAUCUUAUGAAAGACUCUUGCUCCAUCUUGUGGACAUUUUGUUAUCCAACUGGAAGCACUUUAUAAGGACUUCCACGCCAGUUAGUGAGGGGAAAUGAUUCAUGAUCUUUACAGAAGGGGAAAAGUGACCAGGAUACUUAUCUAUAUUCCCUUGGAGUAAACCUGGGAAAUGCUCAGUAACUUACAUAUUUAGUGGCAUCCGAGGAAUAGCACUCUACUGGACAAAGCUGCUGCCUCAUGUUCCCAUGUUGCAUCCCUCUGUGCUAUACAGACUCUAGAGGUGUCCUCAGGCCUAUGAUCCUGGAGUUACUCUUUUUAAAAAUGCCCUUCAAAUGCUUGGAAACAGGUUUUUUUUCUGGAAGCAAGUGACAAAGAAAUGAGCACUAAACUUGCACUAUAUUCCGCUGCAGUUCCAGAAGCAGCUUUAAUAUAGCAUGAAAGCUCAAAUAUAAUGCAGAACGUAACCAUUAGGGGAGUCUCAAAAAUGGAAUAAACUGUGAUGUGAAUGCAGCCUGCUUCUCUCUCCCAGAUGGACACCUGUGUGGCACUCUGAGAUUUUGUGGUGAGGGAACAAACUCAGGCUUUGAGUGGGGGGAUUAGACCCACUACGAGAAGAUGGAAUCUGACCCAGGGGAACUCAGGAUAGCUCAGUCGGUAGAGCAGGGUCAUGGGUUCAAGCCCCAUUUGGGCAAACUGUUCCUGCAUUGCAGGAGUUUGGAUUAUAUGACCUUUGUGGUCCCUUCUAGCUCUACAAUUUUAUGAUUCUAUGCCUUAGCAUGUAUGCAGGUUGAUGCUGUUGUUUUUGUCUGAGGUGAGGGUGGUCAGACUGCAUUAAGACAUUUUGUAGUUAUUCCUGUGCUAGGUGAGCAGCCAAGUGUAUAGUUUGGGAGUCGGGUAUGUUGUUGCCAUGAUCAGUAGUGUACACAGGAGCAGGGCUGUUGCAGUAGCAGGAAGCUGACAGGCCAGGCAACAGGAAGUAGGGUUAGACAGCAUCAGUUUAUCCUAUUCCCGCUAUUCUCUCCAAACUGGGAUUUUUCUGGCUGUUGUGUCUGCAGUCCCAUCAGGCCUUGCUUGAUGUAGUGCUGUUAACUGCCCAGUUAGCAAACAGGAAAACAUACUCAGUACAUGACUUUAUGGCAGCUGUGGUGACUGGUACUUGAGAUGCUGGCAUCAGGAAGCAGGUUUCUCUUAUCAUCAUCAUCAUCAUCAUCAUCAUCAUCAUCAUCAUUUUAUUUGCAUGGCUCUCGUCAAGAUCACAGCCAUAGCGGCUUACAGCAUUUCAAAUGAACAGUCAUAACAAUAAAAAGAAAGACACAUAGGGUUGCAUUCAAUUAAGUUCUACUCAGGGCAGACCAGUUGGAAUUAAUGGGCUUGAGUCAUCUUAAAUCAUUAAUUUGAGUGGGUCUGUUUUGAGCAGAUUAAUGCAACCCAUAAUAAGGACACUUACAAAUAAUGUGAGUAAGUAACCACAUAAUAAUUAAAAAACAGUACCAUCAUAAACACAACAAGCAAAACAAAUUUAGCAGCUUAAAACAAAGCUGGAGUGCAAAUGAAGCCUAACGCAGAAAUAAAAAUAGUAAAGUAUAAGGCCAAAAUGAUCUCUGUUCCACAAAGGUUCUCCACUAUUUUCUUGCAUUAUUAGAUGGCAGCCACACUCUUCACUUGUGGCAGCCUCCUCCUUGCUGUCACCAGCAUCUCUUCUCUCAGUUCUUUACUGGGGAGGUCAAGAUUGCUCCUCCUCCUUCAAGCCCCACAUACACUUGCAGUUUUGAUAAUUGCUUCCUCUGUUCCUCUUUCAAAUACUUUUUUCUCUCUGCAUUGCCUUCUAGACAGAAUGCUUUGUGAAGCUCCAGGAGGGGUGGGGCAAAGCUCUGGAGGUGGAAAAAGAUGACUCAGCAGGCUCUGCGAUCCCAGGCACAAACUCUACACGCCUGAGUCCCACUAGCUUUUAAAGAAUUCUAGAGAAUGGGAAGCUCAGUGUGAUCCACCCAUAUACCUAUGAAUCUAAUGUUCUGGAAACACAUGCCACUCUGUUUUUCUCCUUGAUGUGUUUUGAAAAGAUUCAUUUCCUUUCCGUUUCUUAAAAUGUCAGUUUGGUGUAUUUCAUGUUUCCCAACAGAUGGCGCUCUUUGACAAUCUAGCUUUGACUAGAGUGGAUCGUAAGCACACAGUAAAUUGUGCUAAACCCAGAUAUGUUAACAUUGCAUUUUCACGUUUCUGAUAUAAUGUCCAAACUAACGUUGCAAUAAAUAUAGUGAGCCUCAAUCCAUGAAGUACAGAGACAGCUGCUUAAAGCAUCCUGCUGUUUCUUGAAAUAUGUUGUUGGCAUUUUUCUGUCUUGAGACAGUGGAAGAUAAAGUCAAACCAUUAGAGCGUUACAGCACUUGCUUUGCCUGAAGAGUCCAAUACGGGAGAGAGAUGUUUUAUUGCAGCUGGGGCAGACGAAGGUGUGCAGUUUUGCUGUUUUUGAUGCACCAUGGCAUUUAUUCUCUCUGUGCUCCUCCCUGUAGUCAUUUAUCCUCUGCUCACUGCUGUAGAUACACAGCCGGUCUGUCUCCAGGCGCUGUGGUCAUCUGCACUGUGGUUGUUCGUGAUUUGUACAUUCAAAGGCCUAGAUGUCUUUGCAUACAGAGUUUAUCACACGGGCAUGAAAUGACGUAGAUGACGCCUGCUCUAUCGUAAGCCAAAAAAAUCAGAAAUGGAAGUGUUGUGUUUUUUCUGAUUGUUUUGUCAUGGCAAGCAUUUCUGCUUGCCCAAUGGAUCAAUCCCCACCCCUUGUCUCUGGUUUUGUCCAUAGCACCCAAAUAAGUGUUUUACAAUAAACACAUUGAACUACAACAAAGUGUAAUGCCAUCAGCAAGCUCUGGAGCCUGUUUUUUUUUUUUAAGUUCUCUUUCCAUCUUUGCUUAUUUAUUAUUGAAUAGUAGCCUCUUUAAAAUGUUCUGCAGAAGGUUGUGUUUCACUUCUUGCCAUCUAAUAGCAGAGGAAGAAAUGCACAGCAACAUGAAUUUGGGAAAGCAGUGUGACACUUGGCUCCCUAGGACUCCUGCAAACAGUAAAUUAUCCACACAAUUAUGGCUGACACUCCAGAAGCUGCAGUUUUUCUGCAACUCUGCAAGAACCUCAGUCUUCUCUCCAGAGGGGGCCACGCGUUGGAAUCCUGAAAGAAAACUUAAUGCACAGGUAUUUUCAGCUGCUGGCUGACUGCUCUGGAGGUGGUGGACUGAAAUAGCAGCGCGGCUACUCCAAAAGCGGGCAGAGCAUUUACGGAAGGCGCAGGAAUAAACUAGAGACGAUGUCUGUGAUCAGCGCCCUGCCGUUUCUCAAGCCCAUCCACCUCAAACCUCCGCGGAUCUCCCCUGGGCGCCAACGCAGGCACACUCUGCCCGCCAGCGAGUUCCGGUGCCUCACCCCUGAGGAUGCCAUCAGCGUGUUCGAAAUAGAGAGAGAAGCAUUCAUUUCAGUGUCGGGAGACUGCCCCCUCCACCUGGAUGAGAUUCGCCACUUUCUGAACUUGUGUCCAGAGCUGUCGCUCGGCUGGUUUGAAGAAGGCCGACUUGUUGCUUUCAUUAUUGGCUCUCUCUGGGAUCAGGAACGACUCAGCCAGGAUGCUCUGACCCUGCACAAGCCUCAUGGAUCCACAGUCCAUAUCCAUGUUCUGGCAGUCCACCGCACCUUCCGCCAGCAAGGCAAGGGCUCCAUCUUGAUGUGGCGCUACCUGCAGUACCUGUGCUGCCUGCCGUACGUGCGUCGAGCCACACUGAUGUGUGAGGAUUUCCUUGUCCCCUUCUACUCCAAGUGUGGCUUCAAGGCGUUGGGCCCCUGUGAGAUCACGGUGGGCUCUCUGACCUUCAUCGAGAUGGACCAUGCCGUUCGUGGCCAUGCCUUCAUGCGCAGAAACAGUGGUUGCUGAGGAGGUGCCUCCCAUUUCCAUCCACAUCUGGCUGGUGUUCUUGGAGGCAGAGAAGCCCAGUUUCCCAGUGAUUCCCACCAAUGGGUCAGGGGAGUCCAAUGGGUGGGUCACAAAGUUGCCAACUUCUCUUCUCUGGGAUAAGGAACUUCCACAUCAGUGGUGAAUUAGGCAAGUGAGCCUACACACACAUAUUAAAAUUACUGAUGGGUCCCUUUUUAAGAAGUUUGAGAACCACUGCAAUACGCAGAUUGAUAUGUUCACAAUUAACCCAAGCAACUCCUAUCAUAGCCAUUGCUGCAAAGGCAACACAGAUCUUAAUGCGUAGUAGCAUUUUAGUAGCCAGUGAUAGGUGUCGUAGCAUUGUACCCUCACAACUGCCUUUAAAACUGGUAGCUAAAAUGUAGCCCAGUUGUCUUCUCAUUUGUGUCUUAGCUGAAUUUACGCCCUGCAGCAGUGAUCAUUGUAUAUAUGGGGCAAUGAAAGGCAGUAACUGCUCUUUCCUCAAUUUAGCUAUGAAGAUGACAACAGCAUGACAUGGUGGUGAAGUAGCCGCUAAGCAUUAUUCCCAUCAACUAAGUGACUGCUGUUGCCAGUACACUAUAGGUCUGCAGGUUAGAAUUCGGCAAUUUUCAGAGUAACCAUUGACUGUCAACCAGGGCCCCAGCUGCCUUUCUGCCUUAUGACAUUGGUUACCAUCACCCAACAAAACGGUUGUAAGAAGACAAAUGCUGCAUCUAUAACUAUGAAGCAAGUCACAAUAUUGGCACAUACAAAUGCUUUCAGAAAUCAAGCUUUCUAUUCUCAAAAAUGUGGUUUCUAUUGUAGCAGGCUGCUUGCUUUUUUUGGCCCUAUACCACCUCCUGCGAUUAAUAGAGCAAUUAGGAAAAACAUUACCUGAGAAGUAGAAUCAUUCAGUUACAUCUGCCAUUUUGUGGAAUUACUGUUUGCCUUUGGAAAGGAGCAGCCGUCGCUGAUGAAACUGUUGUCUCUUUGCUUGAAGUGGAGAAACUCCAUGUCUUCUUGCACUGGCUGCUCUGUUGUUGUGAAAUGCAUGGAAUCUGUGCUUGUAUAUUCUGUAAAAAUAUGUAUAUAAAUGUGGUCUAUGUGCUAAAACCAGAGCAGGUUUCUUUCUUAGCAGAGUUCCUGCCCAGAUAAGUAUUUGCCUGACAUAAAUCCAAGUCCCUGUUGACAAGGGGCAAGCCACAUUUGCUUUAGGGUGUUCUCUUUCCCUUUCUGGCUUUGACAAGAGGUACCCACAGCACAGAGGUGCAGAACCUAAUCCCUCCUCCUCCUGCUGCUGCCCAGGUGCAACGAAGGUCUACAACUAGCAGGAGCAAUGGGCUUGUUAAAUUUGAGGCUGUUCAGUGUGUACUUAACUCAUUGCAGUUAAUGUACAUGCUUUGAAAUGCAGUGGCUUACUGCUGAAGCAAAAGCACUCGGCGCAUGCCCCAAGAAUGAGUAUGUCCCUCUGCCCCUGGGAGGACUGUGUCGAUAUUAGCAGGUGCUCAUAUGUAAGAGCUGAUGAACAUUCAUGGUGGUGGGAGAGAAGGGGAUGUUCAUGUGUACAAUGCUCAUCACACCCACAGAGAUAAAUAGCACAUAGUGGGUGGGGAGGUCCAGCUGCUAGCACCUAAUAUGCUUCCUGAGCCUCCUCAGCCUUUUGAUGUUUGGCGAGUGGGUAGGCGUUUGCCAUGUUUCCUGUCCCUUGAAAGGUAAAUUGGCUCCUUCAGCAUGAACUGAGGUCUGCAUAUCGGGACAUAUCGAGUUUAAGGACAGAGUCCAACAUGCAUCUUCAGUAAUUAAUCUAGUCUGCACUGAGUGUAAAGAAGGAAUGUGCCCCCACCAUGAAACAAGGCAGGCCUAGGGAAAUAAUGUUUGGAAGUUGGCAAAAACCACAAUGACACAGCUUUCAUAGUUGCAUGCGUUGUAGCUUCCAUGGCUACAACUAAAGUAGAAAUGCUUUUUCAGUUUAGUUAUGGUCCAGUGCAAACAUGGGCAUUCUCCUGUGCUAGAUUACCUACACAUUACAGUUGCAGUGAAAGCAAAAACUGAGGAGGAGCAAGUUUUGGAUCCCAAAGUGAUCUAAUUAAGAUGGGCUUCUUAUGUAUGCCUUUCUCAUGGCCAGAGCAGGUGCCUGUUUCUUAAAAGCUCUGGGGUUGGGGAAGGGUUUCACAAGUGAAAUAAGUGUAAUCUGUUUGAGGUUAUACUAACUGUAAAAUGGCUGGAUUGAAAUGUAUGUUAUCUUGGUGUCCAAGGCAUGUUGUGGGUUAGCCCUGGACGCUGAUCAACACUUGUAGCUCCUUCUUCUAAGCAAGAAAAAGCAUUUGUUUUCUCCCCCUCCCACAACCCUUUGCAUGCCAUUUUUCACUUUGUUGAGUCAGCAAAUAAAUAACAGUUUUUUUUUCUAA